AUGCCACAGGCGUCAGGAAGCACCCAGACGCAACUGGAGUUGGUCCAUCCUCUGUCGGCGAAGAGAAAGGAGGACAUCACCAAGGGGAUUGUGCAUUACAUCGCCCAAGAUAUGAGGCCAGUCAACACAGUGGAAGGAGAGGGCUUUAAGAACAUGUUUAAAAUCGUCGAGCCAAGAUAUACUGUGCCAGCACGGGAGACUGUCAUGCGUGCGCUACGUUCGCAGUUUGAUGGACUUAAAGUAAAUGUAAACCAGUUACUCCAAUCCUCCGAGGCUGCAAGCCUCACAACUGAUUUGUGGUCUUCGCUUAGAAUGGAGGCAUACAUGACAGUUAAGGCCCAUUUUAUCGAUGCGGACUGGAAAAUGAAUAGCGUUGUGUUAGAAACAAAGCAGAUGGAUGAAGCGCACACGGGAGAAAAUGUUGCUGCGCGACUCACUCAAGUCGCAGACACUUACCACAUUCCACCAGAGAAGCGGGUGUCAGUGGUAACGGACAACGCUGCCAACAUGGUCCUCUCGGUGGAAUUACUGAAGGGAUCCGGUCAGUGGCCAGACGUGGAGUUGGUUAGGUGUGCAGGCCACACCCUGCAGCUGUGCGAUGUGGCCACCCGGUGGAACUCCACCUGCUUUAUGUUGGAGCGACUGUUGGAGCAGCGCUGGCCCAUCACCGCCACUUUAUCGGACCCCAAUUACACUAAGAGGAGUGACAGCAGCACUUUGGACAUGACAACAGAGCAGUGGAAUAUGGCUGAAGACAUCACAGACGUUCUUAAGCCCUUUAUUACAUUGACCGAGCUGUUGUCGGAGGAGACUAACACAUCCCUGUCUGCGGCCUUCCCAAUGCUUGAGAAUCUAAAAAAAAGUCAUCUUGCCGUCACAGAUAACGAUAGUCCAACAAAGAAGAAGAUGAAACUUAAGCUUGUGCAGGAAAUAGAUAGUCGAUGGAAACUCAAAGACCGAGUUGUGAUGACAAGCAGCCUGUACAUUUUAGCUGCAGUACUGGACCCGCGCUUCAAACAGCUACCUUUUCUUAAUGAUGAGAAACGGGAUGAGGCCUAUUCUGAAGUCGUAAAACUUGCACAAAGGCUAAGCCUCUCAGGAGACAGCGCAGAGCAGACAGGGGAUGAUGAGGACCCGUUGGCAAAAAAACAGAAAACGGCAAAAGAGAAGGAGAUAGCAAUGCUUCUUUGUGGACAUGGUGCAGAGGAUGACCCUGAUGAGCCAAGCGCACAAAGAUCCUCUUGCGACGAAAUGAAAGAUUAUCUUAAGGACAGAAGUAAAGUGGACACUGCUGGGCCACUUGCGUGGUGGAAAAAUAACGAGGAGAGAUAUCCACGACUUGCUCGGGCAGCCAAACGCCUGCUCUGCAUCCCUGCAACCUCCACUCCUGCAGAGCGCAUAUUUUCCAAAGCAGGAUUUAUUGUUAACAAGUCGAGGAGCUGUCUUUUACCCAAGAAUGUGGACAUGUUAGUGUUUUUGGCCCAAACAUAA